AGAAUGCUGGAGAUUGCUGCACAACUUCUUGCCGUGGGGCUUUUGUGGGGCGUUACCAAUCCUUUCCUUCGCCUUGGCAGCCAGGGAAUCGAGUCGGUCAGAGAUACGGGCUCCAAGUGGAGCAACUUUGUCCAGGAAGCACGCACAAUCGGCUCCCGGUGGCGCUAUUGGAUACCCUUUGGACUCAACCAGUGCGGGAGUGCUCUGUACGUAUGGACGCUCCAGAGGGCCAGUAUUACAGUGGCGGUACCAGUGGCCAAUUCCCUGAGCUUCGCAUUUACGGCAAUAACCGGAUAUGCGCUGGGGGAAAAGCAGCCAGGAAGGAAGGUCAUCCUGGGCACCCUGCUUGUCUGUUGUGGAAGUAUCCUGAUGAUUUACGAUAAGAUUCUGCAGGAACAGGCUCAGCACCAUCAAAAUAUAACAUUCCAGUGAGGUUACCCUAAACCCAAGGCCAAUUGUCUUUAUUGCAUUCGAUAAAAGCAUCAUAAAAUUA